GUGGUGGCAUAAUUUACCUUGGUACAACUACCACCUCUGUUCGCCACUUAAGUGGUCACGGACGUUUCCACAUACAGUCUACGUUUGACAACCUUUUUGUUUAUCGGAACCUUUCUUUUCCAUCAAAAAAUUCUCACCAUAUGUCAUUCUCAAAUAAUAAAACGUCUAAUGAAACUUUAUUAGAUUUAUGGAAUAACGGAAACGGCCGUCCAAGAAAAAUUACCGGAAAUGCGUCUCGGGCGCUUGGUCAAUUUAUAAGGAACAAUACAUCUAUUUCCAUGAGGACCUUAGGAAAAAAAUUGAUUAAUAUGGGUAUUGAAGUUUCGUAUAGAACAAUUGGAAGACACCUGGCAGGUCUUGGAUAUCAAAAAAAACUUCCAAAAGCAACGCCGAUGCUAACCGAAGUUCACAAGCGAAAACGUGUAGAGUGGGCAAAUAAACAUAUUAAUGAAAAUUGGAAUAAGACAUUAUUUACUGAUGAAACAGCAUUCCAGCUUUUCAGAAAUACUGUUGAACGUUGGUACAAAGGAGAACGGCCGGUACUCUUAAUGCCUAAAGACCGAACAAAAAUAAUGGUGUGGGGUGGUUUUUGCGCAAAAGGGAAAACCAGUUUAUUUUGCUUUAAACAAAUAAUGAACGCCGAGUUCUAUGUAGAAAUACUUCACACACAUGCUCCCGAAAUCAAACAGAUGCUUGGUCGUAAAUGGCGUUUUCAGCAAGACAACGAUCCCAAGCAUACGAGUCGUUUGGCUAAAACCUUUAUUCAAGAAAAUUUCCCGGAAGUCCUAGAAUGGCCAUCGAACAGUCCGGAUCUAAAUCCGAUCGAAAACCUAUGGGCAAUUAUUAAAAGUAAUGUAGAAAAAAGAAUGCCAAAAAAAUAUAAACGAUGUUGA